CCCGCCGCUCUCUUGCCGUUCAGUGUACGAUCAUCAUUUCGCCUCGUGCCCCGCCUUAGUCCUCGAAUCAGAGUCCACUCCGGAUAACGGCCGCGGCACGCUGUCUUUUGGGCUCCGUUAACUGUCGCCCAUCUACUCUCCGCGCUUUUAGGCGAGGUAGCUCUGGGCUGUGUUCCGUCAUCUUUUGAACUCUCAACGACCACCGUAGCGACGCAACCCCGUCAACGGGCUCGGAAAGAUGGCAAAUGGCGACCCCACUCAUGAAGAGAUGCUCGUCGAGGGCAUCGUCUUCUGGGUUAUCGCGUUGCUCUUUAUGGUCGGCAGGAUAUGGUCUCGCGCACUUACGACCGGCUCAAUCAAACAAAUGGCGUCGGAUGAUUAUGUCAUGAUAGUGACAUUUUUGUUCUACACAGCUUUGAUAGUGCUGCUGCAGUUCAACGUCCGUUAUGCUUCGAACUUGAUGGAUCCUGCGGAUCUCCCCGAGGUUCUCAAGCACCCAGACCAGGUUCAGAGCCGAAUCUUUGGCAGCAAGAUCACUCUGGCGGUGGAGCAGUGCAUGAUUCACACGCAAUGGGGAACGAAAGCGUCCAUUCUCAUCCUCUACCACCGCAUGACGCGGGGGCUUCGCGAGAACACCUUCAACAAGAUCCUCGCGGGGUACAUGGUCUUCGCCUACGUCUUUGUCCAAGUGACGUUUUUCGGAGUCUGGUGCCGGCCCUUUAACCAGUAUUGGGCGCUGCCGCCCUCGAACGAGCAAUGCGCGCAUUACGGGCACUACUGCAUCACGAUGCUGGUCUUCAACGUAUCCACAGACAUACUAAUGUUCUGCAUCCCGAUCCCCCUAAUCCUGCGCGCGCAGAUGAAGCCGCGCAAAAAAGCGCUGCUCGUGGCCGUCUUCAGCCUUGGCGUCUUCAACAUCGUCGCCUCGGUCCUCAACAAAGUCUACAACUGGAUCCUGCCGGGCUCCAUCGUCUACAUGAUCUGGUACGUGCGCGAGAGCAGCACAGGCAUCUACGUCGCCAACGCAACCUGCUGCUGGCCACUGCUACGGCGGAUCCUAGGCCGGGCCUCGCGCGAGUGGACCGACUCCCACACACCGGGCGCGUAUCCCCCCACGAGCGGGGAGGCGUACUACGGGGAGGGGAAGUCGAAGACGCGGUCGCGCCGCUCGCGCCACCUAGCCCACCACUCGACGCACCUCUCGGCCGGCGGGGCGGGCUUCAGCAAGCUGCGCUCGCUCGGCUCAAAGACCGUGCACUCGCUGCACAGCAGCGUGUCGCACAGCGCGUUUGCGGCGCCCCCGUCGCCGCCCUCGUCGCAGAACAAGCGCCUCACUAGCCCGAGCGAAGAGGCCUUCUACUGCGGCGCGCAUACCACCUCCGGCGGCCCGCUCGAGGUCUGGCGCCACGUCGAGUAUGACAUCAACGUCUCGGAGGAGGGCCGCGCGCCCACGGCCUCGCCGCCGCCAAUGGAGCUGCGCGAUCUGGCUGGGCGCGAGAUCGGCGGCAAGGACGCUGCCACCGGCCAUGUGGCAGUGGUGGAGGUGGGGCGGGGCCAGGACGCCGCUGUCUCGAGGAGCAGUUCGUCGGGGAGCUCGAGCUCGGGCGGCAGAGGCGGGUUAAGGGCGUUUCGGAGCGUGAGGGAUGUGGGGAAGAAGGGGGGAAGGGGGCGGAGUAGGGACAGGGAUGGGGGUGGGGGCAGGGAGAGAGCGGCUACGGCUGAGGAGGAUGAGGGCCGUGGUGGUGCCGCGAGGAGUGGUAGGAGUAGUCCGACGGUGGGGUGGGAGGUGUGUCAAGAGCGGAAGGCGGCGGAUUGGCCGUAGUGCCUUGUUCCUGGUGGUUAUGAUGAUGUUACGAUACCCGCCCCAUGUGAGAUACCUAUUUACCUAUUUACUUGUCUG